AUGUCUGCAUUUGCAGUCGCGUCCAUGCGACGAACUCCAGGGCAAUGUCUGCAGCGUACAACGGCUGGGCUGCCAUCAGUCCACAUCGCACCGGGGAGGUCGAGUGCCCGUUUUCGCGCCGUCGCUUCGCUGCCGUCGCCGCGUCAAAGAUAUCAAUCGACAAAGGGAGGGGACGGAUCACAGAACAAUACACCACAACAGAACAAGCCGCAAAAGGUGACCUUUCGCCAAUUCGCUGGGCGCGCCCUGGGCGCCGGACUGAGAAACCUCACGUUCGCUCUGAGUCCGAAGGGUAUUAAGCAGGCAUACAAGGACUCACCUGGAUCAACCUCUUUCGCUGUCAUUCUGCUUCUCAUCACUGCCGGAAUCAGCGCCGUUGCGCUGAGAAGGUUCUACAACCACUUCUACAACAAUAAAUUGAGCAGAUACCCCGAACCCGUUGCCAACACCCUCAGACAAGCAAUAUACUACAGCAAUUACGCUCCCGAUCCCGAGCGCGCUCUCAAAUUCUACAAAAAGGCAAUGCAGCAGUGCGCCGAGAUCGGGCUGGACCCGUUCUCGGACGAAGUGCUCGGCAUUCGCAUCCAGGUGUCUGCCUGGCUUCAACAGCUAGAAAACUACACCUCGAGCGGCGAGGUGCUCGAAUCGGUGUUGGCCGACUGCAAGAAAUGGGUCGACGUGAUGGAGAAGUCUGUGAAAGAGGGCCAGGUGGACAAGAACGGCCACUACAUCGAUUCCUCAAAUUUGGCUGAUGUAAAGGAGCCCAGUGGCGAGGCUGUUGAAACUGCUACCAACAGUGCAUCGUCGGCUAAAGAUGAAGAGGCGGAAGCUCCACGCGAGACGCUUUGGCGCAAAAGGGAGCGACUCUUGGCUACCUCGGUAAAAACUGCCGUCGCGUUGGGAGAAUUGUAUGCCGACGAACACGUUCUGAAGCCAGAGAAGGCGACGGAGCACUUUGUAUGGGCCGUUGAAACGACCCUCAAAGAAUUAAAGCGCCGCAGGACCGAAGGGAAGCAGCCGGGUGAGGAAACCUGGCUCACUCCAAAUGAAGUCGGCGGUGCAAUGGAGUCUCUUGGGCGAGACUACGAGCGCAAGUCGCAGUUUCACCUUGCGAUUCCGUUAUUCUUCCAAGCGCUCCGCCUGUGCGAGGUUCCAUGCCAUCGCGCCGUCGUCAUGAACAACCUGGCAGCGUCCUUUGCUCAGAUUCCCGCUUCAUUCCUGACAGGCGCCCUAUCCGAGGGGCUAAAGGAUAUUGAGAGCACUGAAAUGCCCAAAACUCGAUCAGAAUGCCUCGAGGCCGCGGAGAACUGGGCAAAGAACGCAUACAUGCACGGCAACGACGUCAAGGGUGACGAGCGCACGGCAGAAUGUGACGAGGCGUGCGCCGUAGCCCUGUGCAACUGGGCUGACGUGGCUGCCAUGCUUGGCAAAACCGGCGUGGCCAGGAAAAAGUAUGAACAGAGUAUCGAAUUGAGCAACAAGCUCGAAUUCACGGACGGAGCCAAGCAGGCGGCGGACGGGCUGAAAAGGCUUGACAAGACCUCCAACUAG